CCACUAUGGCUGCCCUGACCUGAGCACGGAACUGUCGACCGUUCUUAACUCCUCCACAUUUUUUAUUAUUGUCAGAGGUUCAGAAAAAUGUGGACUAUUUUGACGGGAAAUUUUAUCAAACCGGAGUCGCGCGGUUUCGGGGCACGUGGUCAAACGUUCUUCGCGAAGUUACCUCUUUUUUCUUUGUCAUUGAAAACUACAAGUCGAGUCAAAUCGUGUCGAGUGAGUGCAAGUGUCGACAAUACGCGAGUGCAGGAUGAAGAGAGUCUCCUUUGUCACUUGUAGCGCGUCAUCGAUAACACAAUUUCCCAGUGCACAAAACACUAUUUUUUUUAAAUUCUGCCUCCUAAAAGCAGGCUAAAAGUUCUUUAAAGAAGACAAACAAAUUAAUGAAGAAAAAGGAAGGAGGAAGAAAGAAAAUUUAAAAAGGGCAAAAGGAGGAAGUAAAAGAAAAGCUACAAAUAAUAAAGGAAGUGAAAUGAUAGGAGGAAGAAAAACUAGGACAGCAAUAAUUUUGCAGGCAAAGGAAUCAAUGGCAAAGAUCAAAUAAGGGGAAAGGGGGAGCCGGUUAGUCAUAAGGAAGUAAGAAGAAUACAAAACAAUAAGGAAGUAAUUGAUAGAAUACAGGAAGGGAAAAGGAUGUAAAUAAAGAAGGAAAAGUGAUCAGUGUUCAAUAAUGAAGGAAAGUUUUAAAUAAAGAAAUAGGAAAUCUGAAGCCAAGAAUUAACUAUCGAAUGAGAGAAACGAAGCAAUAAAUGGUAUGUAAAUAUUGAUAAAUAACAAUUUGACCUAAAGUUGAGCACCGCUGGCAUGCAACAAGUGGAUCUCGUCAGCUGGCGAAGUGAAAAAACACGGGUUAAUUUAACUUUGAAUAAUAGCUCUCACAUUGUCGACAAUUGACACUCGGGAAUAGUAGAAACUUGUAAUCGUGCCGAAACGUCAAAAGGUCGAGCAGAAGAUCUCAUGUCAGUGUCGCAUCACACCAACGCUCGUGAUUCAUUAUCCCACCUGCAUAUUCUUUUCUUUAUCUUUCACAAGUUCAAUUCCAAAGUGACAUUUUUUCCCGCGAAAAACAAAUAAAUUUUAGUAGCAUGCAGCAAGUGUUUAAAAAUGUUAAAAGUAGAAUAAAUACUAACUUAAAUUUAGUAUAUUUUAUUCUACUAUUUAAAUGACUUAUGAUUCACUUCCAAAGUAUAGUACAAUUCAAAUAAAUGAUAUAUGCGAAAUAGUCAAUAGUAACUUAGCAGAUAAAAGAAUAAUAAAUCAGAAAUAACAUCGAUUCGAAAAAGGAGUACAAAUUUCAGAAAGGUCAAGAUGUAAAGUUCUGAACUUGACUUUUAAGAAGUAAUUCAAAGUACAGGUUGAUGAAAAUUAAUGAAAGAGAAAAAAAUAUACGAAUACAAUAGUCAUAUACAAAGUCACAAUACAAAGUCUGAAAGAAUACUUCAAGUUGCAGACUUUCCUUUAAAAUUUUAAAUAAACUUUUAAUUAGCGAAAUCCGACGAACAUUAAAUUCAUAAUCACGGAUCGAAGGCACUGCGUAUUGGAUGAGGCAUCGUACCGUGAAUGGGGAGAGCGUGCGUAACGUUACUUUCGUUUUUCCUAUCCAAGAUAGUUCUUUCCGAGCAACGAAAAGCGCAGGUCCUGUUUUAUUUGCCGGUCAAGGCCGGCUAAAAGAUCCUAGUAAAAAAGUAAAAAAAAAUAGAGCAACAGAUACAAAGUAGAGUAAAAAAGAAAUAAAAAAAAAACAGUAAAAAAUCGGGACAAGGUACUCUGUUCUGAGUUCUAAAGAGAAUUACAAUAGUAACAGACAUAGAGGAUGUUAGUUGGGUUUGGCGCCAAGUUUACGAGUAGCGAAAGAUUUCAAAUAGUUUCAACUGCAUUAUUUAUGGAAAAGAGGCAGUUGUGGAAUUUAGUAUGAGAACGAUUCUAGUCUAGUUGGAGUUUAUGACCCUUGAAAAUUGGCCUCAGAAACAAAUGGAGGUGGAAACGGAAACGCCGGGUCCUCGCUGGUAUUCAAAGUGUUUUGAGUACUUGAGGAAUCGAAAUCGAAUUGGUCCUGGACAGGUGGAAUUGCCGGAUUGUGAUUUUUUCAUGGUGGGACCAAGAAGGACGUUGAGGAUAUUAAGACCAGCUCUAAAAAGUGGCAGAUUCUACGAAAGCAGUGGGCAUGACAGGCCUGAAUCUGUGAAUGAUAAUUUCUUCUCGAGAUGGACCAGGAGACCUCAUCCUUCAGGAAACUGUAGGUGUUCGUUUAGACAGUCAAGCAGGUUGAGCACUACUGAGGAACAGAUUAUUUCUGCUGAAAUUAACCGGAUUAGGACCAGUCUUUGUGAUGCUGAAAAAACGGGGGAGGAUAUUGAGGAGAUUGAGAAAAGAGUUUCUUUGACUUUGGAGAAUUUAAGGGUCACGGGUGAAGAAUCGAAAAUUAGGGAUGGUAGGAUUUGGGAAGGAAGUGCUAAAGAAGUAGAAGAAAUGAAGAUUGAUGAAGUGGAGGUUAAAAAUAAAAUCGUCAAGGAUUUGGAAAGGUAUAUCAACGACCUUCUAGAGGAAAUCAUGAGCGACACGAUGAAGUUCUUAUCCGAGGCUGGGAAUCCUCUCCAAAAAAAGUGCAGAUCUUCUGAAAGUACUGCCGAUAAGACCAUGGAAAAAAGUACAAAAGAAUGUCAUAAUUCUGAAACAUAUUCUCCCGAAGUUGAGACCUUCAAAAUCAAUUUCGCCUUCCCAGGGGAGAAAUUUGAAACAGCUGUUUUUAAAUCACCAUGCAAUGGUUACGUGAAUCCAGCCUUCGAAGGCACAGCCCAAGAACCCGAUGCACUAAAUUUCUACCUUCGUCGUCAACUUGGUUCUGAAAUAAUCUUAGAACAAUUAGAUUGUGUAGAUUCUGGAAUUAAUAGUGUGGAAACUUUUGAGCUUCAACCGGAACAGGAACCCAGUCUCGAAGAAUCUCUUCUGGAAAUUAUAGAUGCGAAAUUAGGAAGAACUCCGUUGAGCAAAAGUUGGGAGAAUCUGGAUGAACCUGAAAAAAUGCGGGAUGAAAAUAAAGGCGAGAAGGAAAACGGCAGUAACGUAAGCAAAAAUGUAAUUAUAGAAGAAGAUAAAGAAAAUAAUGAAAAGAGAUUUAUACAAACGAAAAAGACUGAAACCUUAGACAAAUCUACGAAUACAGUCGAUACAGUAGAUUCUAAUCCUGAAGAUUUUAGAGAACUUGAAGACGUUCUAGAUGAUCAAAGUUUUGAGAGGCUUCGAUUAGAAUUUAAGGAGAGUACAAGUACCCCUAAAGCAAAGACGAGAACAGUCUCAGUUUUGCGAGAAAAGCUGAUGGCUCGUUUAAGUAGUUCAAAGAAAAGUCGAGAAAGUCAGUGGAACAAAACGGAAUCCUUGAAAUUGGGAGAGUCCCAAAAUCGACCUCUGGAGCUGGAAGAUUACAGAAGAAAAUGGCCCGAAAUUGAAGGCCCUUUGCUCACUUCUUAUCAGGAUCCAAACGAUUUUGUGGUUUUUAGAAGGAAUCGGAAACCUAUGAUAGUAUUUCUUCAUGGCUUUGGUUCUUCUGCAGAAAUCUUCGAGCACCAACUGAAUUAUUUUUCCAGUUUGGGGUAUCCAUGUAUUGCACCAGAAAUAUUGGGCCAUGGAAUGAGUUCCGCUCCUAAUCGGUCUCGAGAUUAUAAUUUCGAGAAGUUACUCAAGGACCUGGAUUUGAUUUUGCAUCAUUAUGCAUUCAAGCCUGGACAAAAAUGCAUUUUGGUGGGACACAAUUAUGGAUGCAGCUUCGCAACGGCCUUGGCCUGCAAGUACGAGAGCAGCAUCCAUCAACUGGUGCUAAUAUCUGGUGGAGGACCGACACCCUUGUCACCUCCAAGUAGUGAGAGUGCUGGCCACUGUUGUCUCAGGGCCACCUUGACACCUUUUCUUGUGUGUGGACUUCAUCGAGACAUCCUCUAUUCAGCGAGGGGACGUCAACAUCCUUAUUGUGGUUCCGAACCAGAGGAACAAUGGCCUUCGCACAUGAAAUACGUAUUAAAUGGGAUGGUCUGGCCGGAAGGCGAUUACGUUUUCCAUAGAAGGAUCUGUACACCGACGCUUUUAAUACAUGGACUCAGGGAUAAUAAGGUGUCGCUCGUGCAGGAAUGUCAAAUGGAAAGAACCAUGAUGAAGGCAUUCCUUGAAGCGAUGCCGGCAGCUGGUCACAUGCCAAUGACAGAUUGUCCUAACCAACUGAAUCACAUGAUUCAUUGCUUCAUAGAUCUCUGGAAGAACAAAAAGUGGUGACAAGAAGGAAGUGUAACAUAAGGGGAAAGAAGAGAAAAAGAUCAAAUAACAAUUCACGUUACUGUAUUGAUAUUAGGUUCCACGUGUUCUUUGCUAUUCAUCGAAACGUGAACGACUCUUGAACAACGAUGGACGACGAUGUAGAUAGAUAGUAGUUUAGAUAUUUUUUUAUACGAUCUGAUAUAAUACUCCUUUUAAUAUCCUGUUUUUACAAGCGUGCGAAAUCAUUUAGAAUUCCGAACUAAAACACUGACACUCAGUUCCUCAACCUAGUUGGAAACUUUGUGUGACGAAACCCGUGAAAACACACCUUCGAUCUAGAAAUCUAGA